AUGGCGGAGGCCAUUGCCCGUCCCUUUGCUGAUAAGCUUGCAGAUUACGCUAUUGCUAAAAUUUCCCGCCAAUUUAAGAUCAUUCAAAAUUUGAGGACUAAAGUGCAAGAUCUCGAAAAUAAGAGAAAUGAUGUGCAAGAUUCAGUGGAUGAAGCAAAAAGAAAUGCGUUAGUUAUUAAAUCAGAGGUGGAUGCAUGGCUGAAAAAGGUUGAUGAUUUAAAGAAAGAGGCUGAUGAAGUUUUGAACAGCACAACAAAUUCUGAAAUGCAAUGCCUAUGCCUUGGGUGUCCAAAUAUGAAGACCCGUUACUCGCUGAGCAAGAAUGCCACAAAGAAGAUUGCUGCAAUUGAUAAGCUCCUAGAAGGUAAAUUUGAAGAGGUGGGCAAGCGUGCACCGCUAAAGUCGUUGUCUUACCAUGGCUUUGAGGAUUUGAAGACAAGGAUAUCAAAAAAGAGGGAUAUCACGAAAGCUCUGGAGGACACUGCUAUCAGCAUAGUUGGGAUAUGUGGCCUGCCUGGGGUAGGUAAGACGACAAUGGCAACGGAAGUAAUGACUCAAGUACUCAAAGAUAAAUUAUUUGAUGACGUUUCCAUGGCAGUUGUUUCUAAGGAUGUAGACAUAAUAAGAAUUCAGGAUAAACUUGCUGAUAUGCUCGGUUUCGAAUUUAAAGAAAAGACCAAUGAAAUUGCUAGAGCUGGAAGACUUAAAGAAAGACUUGCUCAGAAUAAUAAAAAGAGAAUUCUUGUAAUAUUAGAUGACCUAUGGACAGACAUUAAUUUGGAAACAUUAGGAAUUUCUUCAUUAAAUCGUCCCGAGGGGUUGAAGAUUCUCUUGACAUCUCGCUUUGAACAAGUCUGCAUAGGGAUGGGAGCUCUGACGAACAUUAAAGUUGAAGCUUUGGAUAGCAAUGAAGCUUUUGCAUUUUUUGAAAACAUUUCAAAGAUUUCUAAUGAUGAUACUCAACUGUUGGAAAUAGCAAAACAAGUUGCAGAAGAGUGUAAAGGUUUACCUCUUGCACUUGAGGUUGUUGGCAAAACACUAAUAAACAGUGAACUAUAUGCAUGGGAGGAUGCACUUAAUCAACUACGGAAUUCUCAACUUGAAGAUAAGGUAUACUCAAGUAUAGAGUUGAGCUACAACAAUUUGAAAAGUGAUGAACACAGAUCCUUGCUUUUGCUAUGCUCUCUUUUCCCUGAAGAUGAGAGCAUUCCAAUUGAAAGUUUGGUUAGAUAUGCAAGGGGGCUAGAACUGUUUAAAAAUACAAAGACAUUAUUGCAAACCAGAAAUCGGACACACACAAUCUCUGAUAAUCUAAAAGGUUGUCAUUUGUUACUACCAGGUUAUACGGAGGAGGGGGUCAAAUUGCAUGAUGUUAUCAGAGAUUUUUGCUUAUCGAUUGCAUCUAAAGGUGAACAUUGGUAUAUGGUGAAACAUGAUUUAGUGACAGAGUGGCCAGAACAUAAUGCCCAUGAAUCCUACAGUGCAAUCUCACUAACAUUUCAAGAGGCGAUUAGGCUGACCAGCAGGUUACGGUGUGGGAACCUCAAGUUAUUACGGAUGCAAUGUCGUUGGGGAGUAAGAAAAGUUGACAUACCAGAAAAUUUUUUGGUUGAUACGCAGGAACUUGCAGUUAUUGAUUUCUUUAGACUUCAAAUUCUAUCACCAAUCCAACUGUCGAAGGGUCUUCGAACUUUGUGCUUGAACGGCUGUGUUUUAGGGAUUGGAAUGUCAUUCUUUGGAAGUCUAAAGAAUUUGGAAAUUCUCACCCUUUUUCUUUCUUCUCUCCCUGUUGAUUUUUCCCGUGAUGAAGUGGUAGAACUUAGCAACCUAAAGUUACUGGAUUUGAGGUUUUUGGAAGGUCCAUGUCCACUUCCCCCUGGUUUUUUGUUGGGUAUGAAGAAACUAGAAGAGUUGUACUUGGGAGAUUACUUCGACAUAAGAUAUGAAGAAAAAGAGCACAUUAUCCAAGAGGUAAGUUCAUUGAAGGCUCUCAACAGUCUUCAGAUUGUCACAGAUGAUACUAAUUUUCUGAUGCAAUUAUUACAAGGGUGCUCUGAGAAGCUGGAAAAAUUUCAAAUCAGCCAACAUCACCCAUUUCUCCCUGAACAUUUCCGAAGGUUCUUGUCUCUCGAGAAUAUUGACCCAAACAUGCUUUCGGAACCUGGAAUUAAGUCAUUAAUGAGAAAAAGUGAAAAACUCUCUCUGUCAGUGAAAGGCUGGAACAAUCCUGUCAUUGAGUUAGCUGAAGAUGGUUUCAUUAACUUGAAGAGUUUGACGCUAAAACUUUUGGAUUCCGAGUAUCUUAUCAAUGCUGCAGGAUCCAUUCCAAGUGACAUCUUCCGCAAUUUGGAAUCUCUGGAAAUGAUCGAAAUGAGUAGGCUGAAAGAGAUUUGCAAUGUAAAUUUUCCAAGGGUGGAACAUGUGACGAGGGGUGUCUCGGAAAGACUGUUCCAUAACCUCAAGUCUAUUUACGCAAGUGAUUGUGAUAUAAUGAAAAUAAUGUUUUGUGAGUCAGUUGCAAAAUGCUUGGUUAAUCUCGAAAAGCUAAUCAUACAUUCAUGUCCGUUGUUAGAAGUUGUUUCAGUGGACACACAAGAAAAUGAAAUUACCGAACCGCUUUCCUUCCCAAAUCUGAAAGUAGUCCAGCUUCGAGAUUUGAAGAGUUUCGUAAACUUCAGAUCUCAACCAAAUGCAGUUGGUCUUCGUCAAACAUUGCUCAACAAGGUUACACUGCCCAACAUGGAGAAGUUGACUAUUUGCGGGUUGGGUAGCAUAGAAAAGAUACUAAGCGUGGAGGAAACGCCAUCGGGAUCUCCAGAUAGAUUAUGGGGCAUGGAAGUGGAAAAUUGUGAUAAUCUGGUCAACAUUGCACGAUCCAAUUCUAUUAAACUAUUGAAAAAUCUUGAAACUCUUGUAGUAGUGGGCGGUGGGGCACUAAAUGUAAUAUUUGACUUUGAGGGUCUAAAUGUUAAUAAAGACAAUGAAGAAGAAAUUAGUAUACUUGGUCAACUAAAAUCAUUGGCCUUGAGAAACGGAGAUUACUUGGUGCACAUUACGAGGAUGGUUCCUAAAGGAAUCCGUGUCUUCCAGAAUCUGAAACAGCUUGAAGUUGAAAAUUGUGGCAGGUUGAGGUACUUAUUCUCGGCUUCUAUGAUUAACUCGUUUGUGUGUUUAGAAACUCUGUACGUCCGUUCUUGUGACGAAAUUGAAGAAAUCUUUGGAAGAGAAGAAGAAGAAGGAAUGGCUAGCAAUAUUGUGUUCCGUGAAUUGAGGAGUAUAAAACUAAUGGAUCUUCCAAGAUUCAAAAUGUUUUGCUCUCAUAAUUAUGAACUCGUGUUCCCUUCACUUGAUCUAUUGAGAAUUGUAAAUUGUCCGGAGGGGACAAAAUUUUGUUCGGGACAGUUAAAUGCUCCAAAGCUAAAGGAAGUACAGAUAGAAAACUACGAAGUAUUGACAUUUCCAAUUUCCCUAGAUUGUGAUGCAGGUUCCGUCCACAAUCCACCUUCAAGUAGCGAUUGUGAAUAG